AUGGUGCGACACUCGCGCACAGACUAUGUUGGGCCGAUCCUCAACUCGGGGUACACGAGGGAUGCGUUGGUGGGUGACUUGCCCGCGGAGGCGGCGUCGAGCGUUUGGAUCUCGCCUGCGUCGCUGAAGAUGAAGGUGUCGACGGGAAUGUUCUCGCAGAUUCCGCGUACAUGCAUUGUGGUUGGCGGAGAGGAGAUGACGCUGGAUCCUGUGGUGACGCUGCGGGACCGGCUGCAAGCGGACAUGGGGAAGGAGGCGGUGACAUACAUCGAAGCGGUCGAUUGCACGCACGACUUCCUGAUGAUGGGAUGGCACGAGCCUGAGAGGACCAAUGUGCUGCGUGAGGUUGCGGUGUGGGUGGACAGGCUCUGGAAGUCGGUGUAG